AGCCGCGCUUGGCCGCAAGUUGUAGGGGCCUAAAGAGUGAAUUGCGCCAGCUAGAGGCCAUGGCAACCAUGGCGUUGCGGGCAGCUCCAGCUUUGCGGCGGUUGACUUUAAGGACUGUGAGGCCUGGGGCUGUGCCAGUUUGGAGGCACUGGAGGCUUGCAACCAAAUGCCAGGACCUGAGUAGCACUAGUGGUGCUCAUCCGUGGGGUUUCCAUUCUUCGCGCUGCUUUGCGACCGAGAAGGACUCAGAGGAUUUGCGCAUUUCCGAACCUCACUUUCGGGAGUCCAAGAAGGAUCCUCCACUGGCCAAGCCACAUCAGGCCAAUGCUGAGUUAUCCGUGACCCUCAAUCACAUUUGGAGCGAGCAAGAGAUCCAAGAGCGCUUGGAGAAUCUGUACCAGCACCGACCAAAGACUUUGUCGGACAAAAUCAUGCACCGAAUUAUGUGGAGCCUCUACAGGAGCUUCAACUGGGUGACAGGAUUUAAGCCGGAGAACACUCCAGUCAAGGCAGUUGAGUGGCGCUUGAUUGUCCUCGAGAGCUUUGCGGGCGUCCCCGGCUUUAUGGCGGCGAUGUUUAGGCACUUCCGCUGCCUUCGCACUUUGAAGCGCGACCAUGGAUGGAUCCACACUUUGUUAGAGGAGGCUGAGAAUGAGCGGAUGCACUUGCUUGUUUGCAUGAAGAUGUUCAAGGCUGGCUUUGUUACACGUUGCUUGGUCAUGGCGGCACAAGUCUUCAUGACGCCAUUCCUGGCAGCGGUUUAUGUGGUGAAUCCAGGUGCUGUCCAUCGCUUUGUUGGCUACCUUGAAGAGACCGCUUGCCUGACCUAUGCCAACAUCAUCCACCAGGUUGAGACUCCAGGCACUCCACUCCAUGACGCUUGGUCACAACUUCGAGCUCCCGGCCUAGCCAUUGCCUACUGGAAGCUCUCAGAGGAGGCCAUGUGGAUCGAUGCUCUCAAGUGCAUGUUCGCCGAUGAGAGCAACCAUCGUGACGUGAACCACACCUUUGCCACCAUGAACACUGAUGAUCCCAACCCCUUCGUGAGCAAGCACCGUGCGGACGCGGAUAUGGCCUGGCACUACGAUCAUGAUGGCAUUUGUGCAGAUGUAGGUUGCCACAAGACCUUGCAAGUGAAGGAUCCAAAGAAGUGAGCGUAGUUGCCUUAGCCUCAAGUGCUGUUGAGUGCGGCAGUGAAAACAGACUGAUAGCUUAGCUUUGGGACAAGAAACAACCUCCGGAGAAAUUUACAUUUUGAAGGUGACUGGUCGUGAUUCACUUGUAACUUUCCACACAUUGGCCAUUCAAAGGCACUGAUGGUGUAUAUUUGGCGAUA